AUGGGGACAAACUUUUCAACGGAAAACCCCACAGACAUGCGUUCUAAACCCCACCAGGAUCAGCCGCCCUGGCCGGCGCCGGAAAAUCCCGCUCGUCCAGAAACUCCGAUGGGGAACUUCAGAGCUUUUGCUAUGACAAUGGCUAUGAACUCUGCACCCAACGGAUCACUCUCUCCUUCCCAAAGGGUUUUCGUUCAUCAAAAACUGCUAGAAUUGUUCCCCGACUCCAAACCUACUCCUGAUCAUCCCCCUUACUCCUGGAUGAUUCAAAGAGCAAUCGAAAACUUGAAUGAGGAAGGAGGUUCUACUGAGGAGGCAAUAUCAGAAUUUAUUGUGAAAGAGAAUUCAAGCUUGCCGUGGGCUCAUACGACCUUACUUUCACAUCAUCUGGGAAAACUCUGUGAGAGUAAUGAAAUUUUUCAGACUGUUGAUGGUUACUAUGCACUUAAUGACCCAACCACCAAUACCUUGAACCCGAAAAAUGUGCAGAAGAAGGAUUCUGAAAAGAGAAAGGGGAAAUGGAUGUGGAAAAGGAAGCAACAGAGGAAGAGGAUCCACUACUAGAUGAGAAAGAUGAGAAAAUUGAUGUCAUUGAAGAACAACAUCCACCGCAUGGUAAAAUGUAUAAGAAUGAUCAGCAGGGUCAAGAAGAGCCAGCCAAUUUAAAACUCGACAUUCAUCUUCAGGUUCUGGAUGGUAAUGCUCACGUAGAACCAAAAGAACAAGCAAGCAAACAAAUGCAACAAGAUUUUGUGAGUGAAAAAUGUAGGGGAGAACAGCUGAACAAGGAGCAGGAGCUGGAGAAAGGGACAAGAAGAUCAAGCAGGGUAGCUAAGAGAAACAGGAAAAAUUAUGGUUUAGAAGAGCAAACCAAUAAGGAAAUUCAUGUUCUGACUCAGAGAUUGGAAGGCCUUGAUCCUGAAGAACCAAAUGAACAAAUACAACAAGAUCUUGCGAGUGAAGAGUAUAACAAAGAUGAGGAGCAGCAGCUGAACACUGAACAGGCACUGGAGAAGAUGAAGAGAAAACAAGGAAAGCCACAUAAAAAUGUUGUUGAAGAACUGAUCAAUUCAGAGUCUGAUUUUCAACGUCAGGAGCUGGAUGAUGCUCAAAAUGAAAACAAACAAAUGCAACAAGGUUUUACGAGCAAAGAAUGCAAAGAAGCUGAGGACCAACCGCUGAACC